AUGGUAAGUUGGGAACCCCAGCCCUGGAUACGAGUGUCGCGCAAGCUGACCGAGGACGUUGAAAUCGCAGGGACCCUCCAAAAUGGUGACACCGGACCAAUCGCAGGCUCAAGCCGUUUUGAGCUCAUCUCCGGCCCCUUAAUCAACCUCAAGAACAUGCACUACGAAGCCGCUGCUGUCUGGCACGGUAGUGUUUUGAUCGUCACCAAGCCAGGUCAGGAGCAGCCCCAGCUGCGCCUGCGCCAGCUAGGCUCCGUCGAUGGCCAGAGCGGCAAUGCCCAGCCACAGACAGUUGAGGGUCUCAAGCUUUAUGAGGACCCCGCGAAGGCGUUCUGGCGAUUCUCGCUGGCCGUUCCGGUGGAGACUUUCGAGGCGCGCUGGGAGUACGACAUCCCUGGUCUGCACAACGAGUCCGGGGACCAGGUCCAGGCACCCUGGGAAUUUGUCGUUCCUGCAGAAGACCAGUCCAUGCGCAUCAUGUUCCACUCGUGCAACGGCUUCUCUGUUGGCACCGAUAUGAACGCCUGGGUAGGCCCAAAUCUGUGGAAUGAUGUGAUGCGCGUGCACAGCCAGAGGCCCUUCCACGUUAUGGUUGGCGGCGGCGAUCAAAUCUACAACGAUGGUAUUCGUGUCGAUGGCCCGCUCAAGCCUUGGACUGCGAUUGGAAACCCGCAUAAGAGGCGCAACCAUGAUUUCAGUAAUCAAAUGCGCGCUGAUUGCGAUGACUACUACUAUGCCAACUACGUGCGCUGGUACAACACCGAGCCCUUCCGCACGGCUAAUGGGCGCAUUCCCCAGGUCAAUAUCUGGGAUGACCAUGAUAUCAUUGACGGCUUCGGUUCUUACACUGAUCAUUUCAUGAAGUGUGCUGUCUUCCGCGGUAUCGGCGGAGUCGCUUUCAAGUACUACUGCCUCUUCCAGCACCAUAUGGCUCCUCCCAAGUCGACGUUCACUACCGACGCCCCGCAAACCAUGCACGCAGUCAACGGAACAUCAGGCGUUGACCCACGCCAGAUGGAGAACACCUACGUUCUGGAUAACCAAGUCGAAGACGACAGCUGGAUUACCGGAAAGCGACCCGGCCCGUACGUGGAAGAGCGCAGCCGAAGCUUGUACAUGCGGUUCGGCAAGCGCAUCGCAUUCAUGGGCCUAGACGCCCGUACAGAGCGCACGCGCCACCAAGUAAACUACGAAGAUACCUACGACCUGAUUUUCGAGCGUCUACAACGCGAGCUUGUCUCCGCAGAAGGCGAUAUCAAGCACCUCGUCGUGCUACUCGGUGUGCCAAUCGCCUAUCCCCGUCUCGCCUGGCUAGAGAAUAUCCUCACCUCGCCUGUCAUCGCCCCAAUCCGCCUAUUGAACAAGCGCUUCGGUUUGGCAGGCGGUCUUUUCAACGAAUUCGACGGCCAAGUCGAUCUUUUAGACGACCUAGACGACCACUACACCGCGCGCCAACACAAGCGCGAGCGCAAGAUGCUCGUGCAACGUCUGCAGGAAUUAGCGCGCAGCCACAGCGUGCGUGUAACAAUUUUAGGUGGCGACGUACACCUUGCAGCAAUUGGUCGGUUCUAUUCGAACCCGAAACUCAACUUGGCCGGUGAAAACGACCACCGAUUCAUCGUCAACGUCGUCAGCAGCGCCAUCACCAAUAAACCCCCUCCAAAGGCCGUCGCUAAUCUGCUCGCGCGCCGCAACAAAAUCCAUCACUUGGAUCGUGACUGUCACGAAACCCUUAUGCCGUUCUUCGACAAGCAACCGGGUGGAAAAGAAAAGAGCGCCACCUGGAACAAAGUCACCAUGCCAUCUCGCAAUUAUGCCACCCUCACCGAAGUUGUGGCGCCGAGUCUUACCGGCUCCAACGGCAUUGUAGAGACAGAGACUUCGAAGCUGGAGAAACUCCCUAAGGACGGACACGCGCCACUUCACAAGGGUGAAGUCGGUGCGGGAACUAAUCACCGUGCUGCUGAUGGGUUUACCGCUCAGAGUGGUAUGUUUGGUGGUCUUGAUGUGUCGGUUCAAGUUGAGAUCGAUCCUCAAGAUCGGAGCGCUGCCACCGAGGGGUAUGGAUUUAGUAUCCCGCCUCUACUUGCUACCGAGGGCCCGCCACAGACGGGUCAUCGGUUGAGCUUGCAUUCGCGUAGAUCGCAUCAGGGUCGGCCUUCAACGGCUCAGUAA